AUGGCGUCCUCGGCAUUUCACAAAAUGUUCGACAUCCAGCCUUCCUCGUCGAAAGUCACCAGCCCAGAACCAACGUACCAAAAGAACAACACCAAAGCGCCACAGAGCACUCGCGACAUUGGUGUUUUGCCGGAUAUAGAAUUCGAAGAGCUGGGGCCUGCAAAGACUCAGAAUGACCCUAAGGUGUCUAAUCCACGAUCUCCAGAACGAGAUAGACAGCCAGGCGCACAAACUCCAAAGACGCCUAAUGAGCUUGAAAUGAGCCGCCCACCAACCCCUAGUAGGGAUGAAGCCAUAGGGCUGAUGCGAACCUGGAAUAGCCCGCCAAUGACCAAGUGGAGAAUCCUGUGCUGCUGUCUAAUCUAUUUUGCGAACGGUAUCAACGACUCAGUUGUUGGUGCUUUGAUUCCAUACAUGGAAUCUUACUAUCACAUUUCGUAUUCUCUCAUGUCUCUUGUCUUUGUUGGCAACGCAGUCGGUUUCAUAGUCGCUGCGUUCUUCACAAACACUAUCCUGGGCAAGAUCGGAAGAGCAAAGACGUUAAUCCUUGCUGAGCUGAUACAGCUUUCUGCAUAUAUUAUUCUUGUCUGCACACCUCCAUAUCCUCUCGUGAUUAUCUCCUUUUUUCUGCUAGGUUACGGCGCAGCGAUGAACCUAGCGCUCAACAAUGUCUACUGUGCAAAUACACACCCAUCAAGCGUAAUCCUCGGAUUGGCGCAUGGAUCUUACGGCGUAGGUGGGAUUGUUGCGCCUAUCAUCGGAACGGCCAUUGUCUCCCAAGGAGUGCUUUGGUCGCGGUUCUACUUCAUUUCGGUAGGGCUACGGCUCUUCUGCAUUGCCUUUGCUGCCUUUGCUUUCUGGUCGUAUGAAGAAGAAUCCGAACCAACUCUCUUGGCUGCUCUGGAAGUCACGGCUAGCAGGCAAACAGCGGCCGAGGAGGCGGUGUCGAAGCUGAGCGACCUCAAGCUCGCGUUGCAGAACAGAGUUACUAUCUUUGGAGCCCUUUUCAUCUUCGCAUAUCAAGGAGCCGAGGUCAGUAUCUCGGGAUGGUUCAUCUCGUACCUUAUCAAAUACAGAAACGGUGACCCUGCUAAAGUCGGUUAUGUAACAGCAGGUUUUUGGGGUGGAAUUACUCUAGGUCGUUUUGUUCUUACUCACGCAGCGCCAAAGAUUGGCGAAAAAAGAUAUGUCGUCAUCCUUACUCUCGGGACUGUGGUUCUCCAACUCCUAGCCUGGUUGACCCCCAAUCUCAUCGGAAAUGCCGUUGCGGUCUCUCUCCUAGGUCUUUUACUAGGGCCAGUCUAUCCAUGUGCGCAAACGAUCUUCUCGCGCCUUAUGCCCCGUCAUAUACAGACUACUGCAAUCGGUUUCAUCGGCGGAGCGGGCAGCUCGGGUGGUGCAGUGGCUCCGUUUACAACUGGUAUUCUCGCUCAAGCCGCCGGUACGUGGGUGCUACAUCCCGUCUGCAUCGGACUAUACGGAGCAAUGCUAGCUUGUUGGCUCGCCUUGCCAAAGGUCCAUAAGAGAACGGAAUAG